AUGAUGAGGAAAAGGAGUAGAAUAGAAAUCUUUGGUAUAGCCACCCCGAACCGCAGACGAAAACAGCGUCAAGCCGAGGACCUGCUCAAACCGAACGUCUGCAUACCGAUCGUUGGUUUUUUAUAUGCGCACGUCGGUGCACGGGCCGCGCGUCUCUGUGUGCGUGCGCCUCGCCUGUGUGGGUGUCAGUUGGUUCUCGCGCGCGACGCACCAUUGUUGUUUGCAGUAGACUCGCGGCGUUCGUCCGGUCACGGCCUCUACACGCUCCUACCAAAACUGCCGGUAAACAAAAUAAUGAGUGUACAACAUAACGUGCAUCGCGAGUGCAACAAGCUGUGUGUGAUAAGAAUGUAA